AGGAUACUUCCGUAAACUCAAUCUUCUCAUAGGCCAUUGAAUCAUCUCUUUUUCUCCCUCUUCCUCCCUCUCUCUCUCUCCCCCUCUUUGUUUGUUUCUACUUUAUUUUCAUCAUGUUUUGAACCUUUCCCUUCUACCAGUUUUUAACACUUUCAACUCAACUCAACUUCAUUUUAUAAUAAUAGUAUUUGUGUUGCUGCCCUUUUUCCUAAUCAUUUUCUUUUUCAUCAUUUUUGAUAUUUAUCAUGACGCUACUCCAACAAAGGGGUAAUAAUGGCCUUCAAGGUUUCUCUUCUUUUACAUCGUCAAUGCCAAAGUCUCACAGAGAGACUGGUAUAGUCACAAAGACAAUGGGGUCUUAUGGGUUUAUCUCUUGUUGUGAAAGAAAUGAAUCUAUAUUCUUCCAUUUUUCACAAUACAAUGGAGAUCCUAAUGAGAUACAGCCUGGAGAUGAGGUGGAGUUUGAGGUAACUACAGAUGCCAGUAAAGGCAAGCUAAUUGCUCGGCGUGUUGUAUGCCUGCCACCUGGGACUGUGUCAUUUGAAUCUCUCAGUGAAGAAAGACUACUGGGUAAAGUGGAGCAGGAGCCAUUGCUGGUGAGGAAUUACUCUGCUUUUGGUGGACGUAGAGCUAGUACCAGUCAAGAUGAACCUGAUCUGGGGAUAGGACGGAUUGUUUAUGAAGCAAAAGGGGAGUGUUUCUUUGUGUCUUACGGAUUCACUGAUAUUAAUGAUGACAGGGAGAUACAUACUGGAGAUGAAGUAUCGUUUUAUAUGGCACAGAAUAAGAGAACUGGUGCCCUUAGUGCUAGAUUAGUUCGAUUGGUACAGGAAGCUAAAGUUAAUAAAACUCGGGGAAUUAUUAAAAGUUUAAAAGAUUCAUUUGGAUUUAUUGAAAGAGCUGACAUUGUCCAAGAUAUAUUUUUUCACUACAGUGAAGUUGAUCAUGGCGAAGAUACUAAACUCAUUUUGGGUGCAUCAGUUGAGUUUGUCAUUCAAAACAGGCAAGGAAAGCACGUAGCCUGCCAGAUCAAAGUCCUCCCUCAUGGUUCGGUCUCCUUUGAUAUUAUCGGAGAGGAUCAGUUUGAAGGGGUCAUCAAGGCACCAGUCAUCAGGUCUUUCACUCACGGAAGAGGGAAAGUGUGUGAAGCAAGUGAAGGGAAGAUCAUAUAUGAUCCAGUGAUUGGAAGUUCAGUGCUGUCCUACACAGAGAGGGACCAAUUGGGCAGUUACACGAUGUGUGUUGGGGACCUGGUCAGUUUUAGAAUAGCUACGGACAGAAGAGAUGGAUCCACUCGUGCUACUAAAGUGUCCUUGAUUAAACUAGUUGAGGAACAGAAUAAAACCAGAGAAAGAGGUAUAAUAGCUGCCCUAAGAGAUGGAUUUGGAUUCAUUAGAUGUGCUAAGAGAGACUGCAGAAUGUUCUUUCAUGUCAAUGAAGUGAUUGAUUCAGAAGCACAGCUAAGCACUAGUACAGAGGUUGAGUUCACAGUCCAGUCAGACUACACCAAUGAGAGGGAACACGCAGUUAGGAUCGCCCUACUACCUGCACUCACUGUCCAGUUUGAAAUACUUCACAAAGAAUUGCUGACUGGGACAGUGAAGGAGGAGCUACCUACUGACAUUAGCAGGAGCAGACCAAACGUACUGAGGAUACAAAAUGAAAGUCCAUGUGGUUUGCUGGAAUACGUGUAUAGUGACAAGGAAGAAUUUAUUCCAUUUUACUGGUCGACUGAAUCUGUGCAGUUUGGGGAUAAAGUUCAGUUCCAGAUAGCCAACAGGUCUUACGAUGGUUUGGUCUAUGCUGUCAAUAUAAAGAUACUUCAUAAAGGACACUCACUGAGAUUCAAAGGAGUUGUCUCCGUAUUGAAAGAAGGUUUUGGAUUCAUAGAAACUGAAGAACACGACUGUGAAAUAUUCUUUCCAUUCAGUUCAUGCAAUAAAUAUUGUGACCCAAAAGAUUUAAAGUUAUUAGACGAAGUUGAAUUUGGUUUGGUAAAAAAGAACGGGCGACUGUCAGCAGAUGAAAUAAGAAAACUGGAGCCAGGAUCUGUUAGGAGAGAAACUGUACAACCUGAAGCUUAUGAAGGAGUCAUAGUGAGACCAAUGAAGAGUUCUGACAGCUCAGAUGAAUAUGAAGGUCUAAUAAAGCCAGUGUUAGAUAUUCCAUUGGUUGGUGGUGAGUGCAUCCCUUACAGUUUCACUAGCAUCAGUGACCAUAAGAUAUUACUACAAACUGGAGAAACAGUUAAUUUUCAGUUGGGAUACAAUGAGCUGAGUGGGACUUACAGAGCAGUUAAUAUAACAAACAAGAAAGAGCUAAUGAGAGGAACGGUUGAACGUAUCAAAGACCAAUUUGGUUUCAUUAAUUAUAAAGAUGAUAAUGGAGAAACUAUUUCUGUUUUCUUUCACAAAAACUCAAUGUCAGAUGGCUGUGAAUUUAGUGAAUUAAGUUCAGGAGAUGAAGUCCAAUUUAAGACAAUGUUCAGUCAGAGGAGUCAGAAAGACAGUGCCAUUUAUGUUAAGAAAACAACAACUCCUCAAGGCAGACCAGAGAGACUACGCCAUGGCUCAACUAAAGGAUCUUCUGCUUUAGUAACUGUUGUUCGGCAACCCAAAGGUCCUGAUGGUAGUAUAGGAUUCAUGUAGACCUCCUCCUCUCCAUUGCUGACCUGACACACACAUUAAGUUAAAGAAACAAGCUCUAGAGACUACACAAAAUGCUUUUACAAAAAAAUAACAAUUCAAUUAUUAUUUUUUAUAAUUGAUUAAUUAAUUCUAGUCCCCUGCCACUCUU